AAACAUUCUUUGAAGAAUUGAAGAACAAAAGAGAGAAAACAAAAUGAGAGAGACAGAUAAAGAAGUACAUGUAAUAACAGGGGGAGGUGGCUACCCUGGUUUCUGUCUUGGUAAACAAUUGAUACAUGAUGGUCAUCUAGUCAGGCUAUUAGAUAUUAGAGAACCUACUACAGAUUUAUUAGAUGGAAUGGAAUUUAUUAAGGGAGAUAUAAGAAAGUUAGAAGAUGUUAAUAAAGCAUUUACAGACAGUAGUAUUGUGUAUCAUAUGGCAUCUUUUGGUAUGUCAGGCAGAGAUCAGCUGAAUAAGAAAUUAAUAGAUGAAAUUAAUAUUGGUGGUACAGAGAAUGUUAUAAAAGCCUGUUAUGAAAACAAUAUCAAACGCUUAGUAUUUACCAGUACUUAUAAUGUUGUAUAUGGUGGAGAAGAAAUUAUAAAUGGUGAUGAAAGUUUACCAUAUUUAUCAGACCAUAAGUUUACAGAUCAGUAUUCUAAAACCAAACGUGAAGCAGAAGAGAAGGUAUUAGAUGUUAAUAACACAGUAACUUCAGAUGGUCAUACGAGGCUAUAUACUUGUGCCUUAAGAUUAGCUGGUGUUUAUGGUCCGGGUGAACAAAGACAUAUACCUCGAAUUGUGUCCUAUAUUGAACAAGGUUUAACAGUAGUAAUAUAUGGUGCUAAAGAGUCAAAAGUAGAUUUUUUACAUGUUGAUAAUUUAGUACAAGGUCAUAUAUUAGCUGGACAGGCUUUAUCAAAACAUAAAAAUCAAAAAGUGGCUGGUCAGGUAUAUUUUUUAUCAGAUGGAAAACCAAUCAAUAAUUUUGAGUUCUUUAGACCCUUGUUUGAAGAUUUGGGUUAUACCUAUCCUAAAAUACGUCUUCCUUUUAAUGUUAUCUUUUAUAUGGCCUUUCUGAUAGAAAUAAUACACAGUAUUGUUGGUAGAUUUUAUAAUUUUCAACCAUUGCUCACAAGAACAGAGGUAUAUAAAACGGGGAUAACACAUUAUUUCAGUAUUAAUAAAGCUAGUGAAGAAUUAGGAUAUAAACCAACAGUACAGAAUGAUUUAUCACAAGUUGUGAAAUACUAUCAAAAAAUAGGACGCGUUAAACAACCAAAAUCUUCUAAAACAUUGAAAUACUAUUUUGUUAAUUUGAUAAUAUUUUUCAUUAUAUUUUCAAUUAUUAUGUCUUUUUUACCAACUGCAACUGGUCCAUAUAUGAGGUAAUUUAAUUUGAUAUAGUCCAUUAACUAUUUAUUUUCUAUGAUUCAAUAUUCUACAUUCACUGGUUUAUAAAUUUUUUAAUGUUGUAUGUAUCUUACAAAUAUUCAAUAAAAAAAUAUUUUCCUG